AUGCAAUUAUGGGUGUAUAAUUACACAAGUCGUAGACGUCCAACUGAUUCGACACAUUCACGUCGACGACACAUUCGUUGGAUGUCGUCUUUCAAUUCCUUAGUCGUUCAUCGAAUCCUUUUGAUUCUCUUAUCUAUCCUUCUGAUCCGAUCAGACAAUGUCUCAAAUGAAAGCAUUGCGAAUGUGGACGUGCUGAACGAUUUCGAGUUGAAAAUUCUGCGCGAUUUUGUUCGACGUCGAGGGAAGGCGUCAUUUUCCAGGGUUCCUUUCGAGGAGAUUCUACUGGAAAAUGAACGACCGAUUAUGCCGAUUCCUCAGCCUGCAAAUUUUGCCAACAUUGGAAGUCAAAUGAUUUCAACAAACGCUCCCUAUGUAGAGCAACGUAAUUAUCUCAAAACUCAUGCAGCAAAAAGUUUUCGUUCAGAACGUCUUGAAUUCAAGAAACUCCACAACGAAAGGGACUUUGAACAACUCGCAGUCUUGCUGAAGAAACUAGCGAGUCGCCGUAAAAACAAACCAUCAAAAAAUGUGGAUGGUGGUCAGAAAGAUCAAUUGAAACGAUGGAAUCAAACAACUGGCUUAUAUGGCAACAACAACAACACCAGCAAUAUCAGUUCUUUGUCAAAUUCGAAUGCUCAUCAGAAAACCUCAAAAAUGGUCUCUGCAGGUGCAUUGCGUACAGCAAAAUUGGAAUCAACUCCAGAUACAGUUAAUCGAUCGAUGAGAUACGAUGAGCAGUCGGACGAUGAUGACGAUAUUUCAUGGUUAACGUCCACAAAUCGAGAUGCGCACUGGGAGAAUAAAAUGCGCGAACUGAGUCGACAGCUGAACAUAUUGUUAACAUCGAUAAAACGGCAAAAAGACAUUGAUGAGGUGCUAACCAGCUAUAUCACUUUAUCAUCGCAGCAAAUACCUCAUGCAAGCGUUCAUAUUAUCACAAAGGGCUCGAUUGCGCAGCAUAACGCGAACGAAUAUAAAUUCACCGCUUCAGUUGUGCUGAUUCAAGAUGAUCACAUAAAUAUUCUCGUUGAUACUGGACUGGGUAUGGAUCUCAAUGCAACGGCAAAUAUGAAUCAAGGCNUUUUUUUCGAACUGAAAUUGGAUUAUCGUUUGAACGGUUGCGCUGAUAGUAAUUCUCAAGACAACGUGUUGCUUGCUGCACUGUUUAUAAGUUGGGAAAGGAACUAUCGAAUAUUCGAUUCAAUGAACUGCAAUAUAAAAACCUGUGAAACUGUUCUCUUUAUAUUCAAAGCGCAUAAAAUGUUAUACAGUUUCGAAACGAUCCUUUCAGAACUAUCAAAACUGAACGUUCAACCAACGGAUGUGCAUUAUGUGAUAACCACUCACGGUCACCCUGAUCACUCUGGGAACCUGAAUCUAUUCGCGGAUGCUACUCAUUAUAUGUCUCAUUAUGUUCACUACCAUAAUCGUUUCACGUUCUCAAAGCUUUUCAAGAAUGAAUCAGAGAGCGUCACAUCGAACGUAUUCCUACUCAAAACUCCCGGUCAUACGUCCGACGAUAUUUCGGUGAUCGUGCACAAUACCAAAAACUUUGGAACAGUGGCUGUUGCAGGUGAUGUGUUCAUUGAAGAGGGAGAUUCAACAGAACCAGCCUUGUGGAAACGUUUUUCAGCGAAUGAAUCUCAACAAAAAGAAUCUCGAAGAAAACUGAUAUGUCGUUGUGAUUACAUUAUACCUGGACAUGGCUCAAUGUUCAGGGUUACUGAAACAAUGAAACAACAAUACAACUGUACCAAUGAUAAUAGUUAA